AUGGGUGAUAACGAUGAUUAUUACGAUGGUGACGGGACAAUGGAGUCAAUGACAGUUUCACCAGAAGUCACUUAUAACUGGGUUGAUAUAACAACAGAUUUUUUCAAACAUAUCCAAGACCUACAGCUAGGUGAGCUUUUGCAUGAUGGACAUUUGUUUGGGUUGUUUGAGGCCAUGUCAGCCAUUGAGAUGAUGGAUCCAAAAAUGGAUGCUGGAAUGUUAUGUAAUCGAGGAAAUCCAAAACCAUUGAAUUUCCAACAGGCAGUAGCGGCUGGCAAAUUGAAAAUAGAUGACCUAGAUCCUAGUGAAUUAAUUGGCAUUAUUGAUGCAACAAUGGCUUGCAUUGUGUCUUGGUUAGAAGGGCACUCGCUUGCGCAGACUGUUUUCACUAACCUUUAUCUGCACCAGCCCCACUCGAUCAUAAAUAAAACUUUGAAAGCUUAUUGUAUUGCCGUUUAUAAACUUCUUGACUGCAUUAGGGAUUGCAUUAACAAGGCCCAGGUUUUUGAAGAAGAAGAUUUCCAACCAAUGGGGUAUGGUUAUCGUCUUGGCUCGAACCCACAGACAGGCAGCACAUAUGAAGCUGCUCUUGAAGUCACUGAGCAAAAGUGUGUAGCGAUGCUGAGAGAACAAGAGGAAGAACUUAAUAAAAAGACCAGGAGUGUUGAGGAUGACUCCAGUAAUCUUUGGUCUGCUUUGGCUGCCAGGAUAAGGUUUACCAGGAUGUUCUAUCAAGCUCUCCUUUUGAUCACAAAGAGAGAUUCUACCUCUGGGGCGGAUUGCGUUGCUCUACUAAAUGGAUGCUCUGAAAUGAUUAAGGUCAUUAUUAAGACAUCAGGGAAAGGGACACAGCCUGUGGAAAAUUCCGAUUCCCCUAACCCAAUGGGUUUCGAGCCGAUGAUCAACCAACGUCUGUUACCGCCGACUUUCCCGCGGUACACUCGCAUCAAGCCGCGGGCCGAGGCGUUGCAGUAUUUUGACGAGCUUGUUACAAGGCUUAGACACGCGUGGAAGAUCACGUCAUGCGCAAACUUUCACACUGCCCUGGAUUUCUUCAUGGAGUUCAGUAGGCAGCGUGCGUGCAUCCUCUCGCGUUCGGCCCUCCAGCUGCUGUACCUCAGCCCGUCGCCGGCGACCACCGCCUCGAUGGCCCAGAGCGCCAUGAACGGGCCCGUCGGCCAGCCGCGGCCACAUCACGCCUUCGUCGAGAUCCUGCGGGAUUCUGUCAAGAGCUUCGUGAACCCGCCAGCGCUCACGCCCAAGUCGCCCAUGGUCUCCACGCCUCAGGCGCGCGAGUUCGUGGAAAACUUUUUAGCCCGUUGCGUGCGACCGUUCGCGGUUUUGUUGCAAGUUUGCGGCCAUAACCGCGCUCGGCAGCGCGACAAGCUCGCGUUGUUGCUUGACGAAUUCGCAGCAUUACAGGAAGAGGCGGAGAGUGUAGAUGCGGUUUUGAGCGGUGCCGCGGGUACUGAACCGCGAGCUUGCUUCGGUACCUGGAUUUUGUACCACGUGUUGAGGGUUAUGAUCGCUUACCUCCUCUCUGGGUUAGAGUUGGAGCUUUACAGCGUCCACGAGUAUCACUACAUAUUCUGGUAUUUAUAUGAGUUCCUAUACGGUUGGCUAGUGUCAGCUUUGGGUCGCGCUGAGACGUUAGCUUUAGUAGGCACUAAGAGGCAAGACGCUAAACGUGCGAGUGGCCGAAAACAGAAGAAACGCACUAGACCGUACGCGCGUGAGGGGCUUAUGUGUCAAGUAAUGCAGAAUAUGUGCGGAGGCUACUUUAAAGCAUUGGUGGCGUUCAAGUUGCAAGGCAAGAUCCGUCAGCCACAAUCCGAGUUCGACAACGAAGCGGUCCGGUACAAGCAUCGGUUCGCCCCACUAUCAGUACUUACACCGCCGCAGGUGCAUUAUCACGAGUUCUGCGAGAUGACGCAGCCGUUACAAUAUCAAAACCCUCUGAUAUUGUACUUGGGCGGUUGUAACCAUUUCCAGCAAGCCAGGUCGUUACUAGAUACUAUAACUACUUCAGAUCCAGAGGUAUCUGAACUGUUGAAGGUAGCUAAAACCAAUUAUGUAGUAUUGAAAUUGUUAGCAGGCGGCCACAAAAGAGACUCUAACGUACCACCCGAAUUUGAUUUCUCUGUACAUAGACACUUUCCUAUAAUUAAACUCGUAUGA